AUGCAUGGUCCAUCGCUGCCAUCCGUCCUCAAGUCGAAGCCUGCGACCCAUGACACAACCACUACUCAUGAUCAGCUAACAGCUGGUCUUGCUCGCGUCACCUCUCCUCAAGAGACACCGAUAUACAUUUGUGCGUUCCAAGAUUGCAACAGACUGUUUCCUUCACGCGAACGUGUCAUGCUACAUCGUAAACGUGACCACAACUCAGAAGAGGAUAGAGACAUUAUUACAUGGAACGAAUAG